UGUGAAAAACGCGUGGCUCACCUUGUCCAGAUUUGGCAUGUACCAGCAUGUGGUGGCCUGUGGUGGCUGCGUUUUUUUUUUUUUGGCUUUGCCAUGAUGGCCCAUCUGCCAGUUGGCGGUGUGUGUUCCUUCCACAGAAUUUGAGUAGUGCUACUUCUUGUGCCUACGCUGAUAUGUUCCGCCAGCGCACGUCCACCUACGGACUCGGAAUAUGAACAGGUCCUCGGAUGUGCCUUUGCUGAUUCGACCACGAGUCUGCCUCGUGACAGUGCCAGUUAUUCACAAAUGAUUGUGAACGGCACGGGAGUCAAUCAGCCCACCGUCUGCCAGAAAAUGGUUGGACAGUGGCAGGUAGCCGGUAAUUUCAUUCAGCGUUAGUUGGUAUCAGAAUUCGAAUUUUCUACAUGACGGGCGUUGUUGAAUCUAUCUAUGGAUGCCGGCCAGCACAGCCUUUCAUGGGGAAACAUAUAUGCUCUCGAGUCUUUGCCUUUUUACAAGUGGCACGACCCGAGAUCAUGACCAUACCUAUGGACACAGCUGCUUUGUUAGGUUUAUUUCUCGAUACCUUGCUGUAUGGCGUGUUCUUCACUUUAUACUGUUUCACGUUAAUCAUCCUGCUCAAGAAGACCGGCAUUAAACGACAACUCCUUCUCCCAGUAGCAACCUUGCUGCUCUGCAUUGCAACGGCCCAUUUAAUCAUUGAUUUUGUUCGAGCAUUAGAUGCAUUCAUAUUCAAGGUGGAUACGAUUGGUGCAAGCGACUACUAUUCCAACUUUUCUUCACCAUUAUUUGUUGCAUCAACGGCACUUUUGAUCACCCAAACCAUUCUCGCCGAUGCGAUAGUUGUUUGGCGAUGUUAUAUGCUCAAUGACAGAAGUUUGUUCGUUGCCAUUCCUGGCUGUAUCAUGCUCUUAGCUAGCAUGGCCACCGGAUACUAUGGUAUCGGGUCCCUUUCUCUGGCCCAUCCGCUUUCUAAUGUCACCCCCGCUGAUUAUGGGUGUAUCGCCACAUUCGAUGCAUUAACCAUGGUUCUCAGUGUUGCCAGUACCAGUUUGAAUGCUUGGCGCAUCUAUCGUACUCGCUCUUUCAUGCCAGAGGGGUCUGCCGUUUUUCUACCCGUUUUUGUCGUCAUCAUCGAGAGCGGCGCUUUUUAUUCCACGAGUAUCUUUGUGCUUCUUUUAACAUUCUUCAUUGGAUCCAACGGCCAAUAUACCAUGCUGGACAUAAUCACUCCCAUUGUAGGGAUCACAUUCUGCCUCAUCAUUCUGCAAGUACACUUCAAUGUGGGCGGCAACUUGCCGGCCGAAAACCCAAUGAAGCCAGGCGUACUGUCACAAGCCUUCCGGGAGAGCGAGGUGUAGGGGAGGGAUUCAACAUGGAACCAGUAAUUGUGCACGUCACGGAGGAACCGGCUUUCUCUGAAUAAUACCUUAGAAUUUGAGGACGGUGUUCAGUUUAUAGCCCCUUCGAUCUAUUGAUGAGUCUCUGAAAUUAUCGUAAACCGAACCCGUCAAUAUAGUACAUAGUUCGUUUGGUUUAACUUUCGUUCAAACUUAAUUACCAUGUUAGGAAACACCGUCUAUGAGAUACAUUUACUGCGCUUUUUCUUGUUUUUUUUUGAUAUCAAUUA